GAAACUCAAAGACUCAAAGGCGGGCUGCACGCUGAGAAAACGGAGCAGACAACGCGAAUAAUUUACCAAAAUAGACACUUAAAUAUUGAAAAUCACAAAGAUCUCUCUCACUGCUAUUUUUUGUUUUUGUUUCGUGUGAGUGUGUUUAAAUUUGAAAAGUUUUUGUUUGGCUUUUCUGUGUAUUUUUUACGGUGUCCAAAUCAACAAACCGCAAUGCUGGGCUAAAUUUAGCCAGAAAACUUGAACAAGUUUUUGAAAAUGCAUUCAAAAAAUCAAAAAUUGGUGUAACCAAAUCAUAAUCAAGGUCUAAUUAGUUUUUUAAAAUAAAAACCAGGCAAUGUGACUGUGAAGCGCCAAGACAAGCUAGAAAAAUAUAAAAAGGAGUGAUUUUAAACCCUAAACCAACAGCCUACUAAGCUGUGCUACCUAAGGCGCCUAAUAAACUUAAAAGAACCAACAAACAAAAUACUCUAACGCCUAGAGUAUUUAACAGACCAUUAAAAACCUGAUGGCAACAACAACCACAACGCAGGCAGCAGGAGCUGCACCAGCUCUCAAUUUAUUGCCCGCCAGCAAUAAUAAUAUAAAUAAUGCACUAAACAUUAAUAAUAACAACGCGAUAAGCCAGCCGAUUAAAAUACCGCUGAACGAGCGCUUCUCAUCGCAAACAUCGACAGGUUCGGCGGACAGUGGCGUAAUUGUUUCCAGUGCAUCGCAGCAGCAACUGCAGUUGCCGCCACCUCGCAGUAGCAGUGGCUCGCUGAGUUUGCCACAGGUGCCACCUGGCGGCAAGUGGCGGCAGAAGCAGCAUCGGCAGCAGUUGCUGCUCAGUCAAGAUAGCGGCAUCGAAAACGGCGUCACGACCCGUCCAUCGAAAGCCAAGGAUACUCAGGGUGUGGGAAAAGGAAAACCGAGCCAUAACGCCAUAGGCUCCAAGGAGAGCGGGGAGCAAUCGAACAGCAGCAGCGAAAGCCUAGGCAGCAAUUGUUCCGAGACCCAGGAUCAGCAGAGAGUAAGAGCCUCUUCCGCUCUAGAGCUCAGCAGUGUGGACAAUCCCACUGUCGUAGGUGCGAGUAAUGUGGCUAACAACAUCCUGCGAAGCCGCAUCAAGUACAAGAGUACCAAUAGCACCGGGACCCAGGGAUUCGAUGUGGAGGAUCGCAUCGAUGAGGUAGAAAUCUGUGAUGAUGACGUUGACUGCGAUGACGUGGAAAUCGAGGAGGAGGACGAUGGCGUCAAUGUGGACGACGAUGUCGAGGAGGCCGACAACGACAACCAAUCUGACAGUCAGUCGGGUAUUAUAAUAAACCUCAAGAGCAAGACCGAGCAACAGGUGGGGGAGGAGGAGCAGGCGGCAAGGGAGGUGGAUGUUAAACCCAAGAACCGAUUACUGCCACCCGAUCAGGCGGAAUUAACAGUGGCAGCGGCCAUAGCUCGUCGUCGCGAUGCCAAGAGUCUCGCCACCGACGGCCACAUAUACUUUCCCCUGCUCAAGAUCAGCGAGGAUCCGCACAUUGAUUCCAAGCUGAUCAAUCGCAAGGACGGCCUCCAGGAUACCAUGUAUUACCUGGACGAGUUUGGCAGCCCCAAGUUGAGGGAGAAGUUCGCCCGCAAGCAGAAACAGCUGCUUGCCAAGCAGCAGAAACAAAUGAUGAAGAGGGAAAGGAGGAGCGAGGAGCAGCGCAAGAAGCGAAACACCACCGUGGCAUCCAAUUUGGCUGCCAGCGGUGCGGUGGUGGAUGAGACCAAAGAUGAUUAUAAGCAACAACCACACUGUGAUACUAGCUCUAGGAGCAAACAUAACUCGGUACCCAAUCCCCCUAGCCAUCUCCAUGAUGAUCACCAUAUCGAUGUGGAUGUAGAAGAGGACGUGGAUGCCAACAGCCACAUGGACAACGGUGUAGUUAAGAUGCGCCGCCACAGCCACGACAACCACUACGAUAGAAUUCCCCAGAGCAAUUCAACCACAAUCACCACCCGCCCUAAAAACGAUCGGCAGUCGCAGGACACCGGAGAUAUCGAGCAAGGAGCCGAACCAGAUCUCGAAGGUUACGCAGAUGAGGACAGCGAUGAGAGUGGCGAGAACGUUAAGACUGCCAAAUUGGCCAGAACUCAGUCCUGCGUCAGUUGGACCAAAGUGGUGCAAAAGUUCAAAAACAUACUAGGCAUGAAACAACUGAUCGGAAAGCUGAACGACCUGUGGCCCGAGCACAGUGUUGCACUGUCCAUUCCAAAGGAGGUCGAUAGGAGCAAGGAGAAACUGGAGGGCGCCUGGGAGACCACAGGUCGCGAUGGUUCUAAAAUUACAACAGUUGUUGCAACACCCGGCCAAGGCACCGAUCGCGUACAAGAGGUCUCCUAUACAGACACUAAGGUCAUCGGCAAUGGCAGCUUCGGCGUCGUGUUCCAGGCAAAGCUUUGCGAUACCGGCGAACUGGUGGCAAUCAAAAAAGUUUUACAAGACAGACGAUUUAAGAAUCGCGAAUUGCAAAUUAUGCGCAAAUUGGAGCAUUGUAAUAUUGUAAAGCUUUUGUACUUUUUCUAUUCGAGCGGUGAAAAGCGUGAUGAAGUAUUUUUGAAUUUAGUCCUCGAAUAUAUACCAGAAACCGUAUACAAAGUGGCUCGCCAAUAUGCCAAAACCAAGCAAACGAUACCAAUCAACUUUAUUCGGCUCUACAUGUAUCAACUGUUUAGAAGUUUGGCCUACAUCCACUCGCUGGGCAUUUGCCAUCGUGAUAUCAAGCCGCAGAACCUUCUGCUCGAUCCGGAGACGGCUGUGCUGAAGCUCUGUGACUUCGGCAGUGCCAAACAGCUGCUGCACGGCGAGCCGAAUGUGUCGUACAUCUGCUCUCGGUAUUACCGCGCCCCCGAGCUCAUCUUUGGCGCCAUCAAUUAUACAACAAAGAUCGAUGUGUGGAGUGCCGGUUGCGUUUUGGCCGAGCUACUGCUGGGCCAGCCCAUCUUCCCUGGCGAUUCCGGUGUCGAUCAGCUUGUCGAGGUCAUCAAGGUCCUGGGCACACCCACAAGAGAACAGAUACGCGAAAUGAAUCCAAACUAUACGGAAUUUAAGUUCCCACAAAUUAAGAGUCAUCCAUGGCAGAAAGUUUUCCGUAUACGCACUCCUACAGAAGCUAUCAACUUGGUGUCCCUGCUGCUCGAGUACACGCCCAGUGCACGGAUCACACCGCUCAAGGCCUGUGCACAUCCGUUCUUCGACGAGCUGCGCAUGGAGGGCAACCACACCUUGCCCAACGGUCGCGAGAUGCCGCCGCUGUUCAACUUCACCGAGCAUGAACUCUCGAUACAGCCCAGCCUAGUGCCACAGUUGUUGCCCAAGCAUCUGCAGAAUGCAUCCGGACCUGGCGGCAAUCGAUCCUCAGCCGGCGGCGCAGCCUCUGCUGCGGCCAGCGGCUCCACCAGCAUCUCGUCAACGGGUAGUGGCGCCUCGGCGGAAGGAUCCUCUCAGCCGCAGGGCACAGCAGCAGCUGCGGGAUCGGGAUCUGGAGGAGCAGCAGCAGGAGCCGGCGGAACGAGUGCCGGGGGACCCGGGUCUGGCAACAACAGCAGCAGCGGCGGCGGAGCACCGGGAGCGCCGUCUGCCGUGGCAGCUGCUGCCAAUGCCGCGGUCGCCGGUGGUGGUGGUGGCGGUGUCGGUGCGGCGGCCACUGCUGCCUCAGCAGCUGGCGCUAUGGCCGCGAGCAACGCCGGCGGCGCCAACGUAACAGGUUCUCAGUCGAACAGCGCCCUGAACAGCAGCGGAAGUGGCGGAAGCGGCAGCGGAAACGGAGAGGCAGGCGGCUCGGGAUCGGGAUGCGGAUCGGGAUCAGGAGGUGGAAAUGGCGGGGAUAAGGACGCAGGAGACAGUGGAGCAGCCGGAUCUGGAGCAGGAGCAGCAGAAACCGAGGCAGCGGCGUCGGGUUAGCGCGAGAGAGGUGCUCUUUUAAUGUAAUGUUAUUCACAGGAUUUUCUCUUGGGCCAGGGAUUAAGUUUACAACUUUGGCCGUAAGCGAUAUGGCAACAUCACCCAGACACACACAAUUAGACUCGACAUUAGAGAUGGAUGAAGUCCCAGCUAAAGCUAAGAACAAAUUAUAGACAAUGGAAUUCACUUCACAUAAGACCCACCCAAUACACUGACACCCCCACCCCGACAACAACAGCCACAUCCUUACACAUUCUCACUAACAACACACAUGUAUGUAUGUAUAUCAAGCUAUAUGCAUUGUGCGCAAGCAAAUAUUUAGCAUAAAACUCGAGAAAAAAACAAAAAUCCACUUUAAAUUUUGCAUAAAUAAUUUAAAUAAUAAUCUGUAUUAUUGAAAAACAAAGAGAAAAACUCCGGAUGAAUGUUGAGAAAUAAUCGGAAAAACCCUUCCCCUUGUGCCCCCGCCCUCAAAUAUAGUAAAUAACAUUUAAAAAAUAGCUCGCGAAACGUAAUAAAAGUUAAGUAAAAAACCACAAGAAAGAUAAGGGAAUACUUAGUGAAAUAAAUCAAAAUUUUUGCCCCAUUUAACGUUUAUAUAUAUGCGGUUAUACAAAUAUAUAACGUUCACAGCAGUUAGCAAUCCAUAGUGAAAGUAAAAGUAAAAAUAAAAGGCGGCAAAGUAACAACUAGCAAAAAGGAGGAUAUAACAUUUACUAAACUCGCGCAAGUGCAUCUAUAUAAAUACGAUAUAGAUAUUAUAUAAACAUAGAUAUAUAUACGAGAUAUUACCAAGACAUUCGUAACCCUAGUAGCACCCCCAACCCAUGAACCGGAAAUGCCGAAAGAAAUGAAAAACUCCACGUAUAGCAACAUUUUUCGUGGCCUGUUCUCAAGUGACGCAUAGGAAAUACGAUUAUCUAAGGAAGCGAUCGUCAAAAUGCAAUAUACACUAACACUAUACAUAAAUACAAAGGUUAUAACAAAAAGAGCAAAAAAGUAAAUGAAUGUUUGAAUGAGUAAAACGCUUUUAGCGCGCGACGCCACCCAUUAACUUAAAUUAACAAUGCAAAUAUUGAGGUAAUGAGGUAGUAGAGCCAGGAUAUAUUUAAAAGUAACCGACAAAAAACAUCUAGCUGCAAUUAAAAAUUUAAACUUAUUUAAUACAAAUUGAAGUAAAAUACAAUGAAACCGAAGAUGGUUUUAGAAUAUAAGGCCUUAGAUCAACCGGAAACUCCUGCGCGACUAUAGCACUACCCCUCGGUUCGAUUGGUUCCAAUCUAUUUCUCUAUACCUAUGAAAAACACCCAGUUUAACUGCUUAGAUCUCGUUUUAAAAAUCUGCGAUUAUGUCCAAGCACUUUAAGCCCAUUAAAACCAACUAAGUAAACAAAACAAAGCGAAACAUGAGAAAAGCAAAACAAAAAAGGAAAGCAAGUCUAUUUGUAUGUAUUUCCAUAGAACUCCUUAUAUAUUAUAUGAGAACAUAUUUUUUUUUACUAACUAAAUGAUACAUUUAUACAAUUAAUGAAGUUGAGUUUUGUGACAUCAAAACUAAAUAAAAUUUUACUAUAUACAUAUAUGUACACACCCACACAAGAAAACACACGUAAAUUCAGACAUAUUCACACGCACAUACGUCUAUAAUUUCAAAUAAAUUUGAAUCCAAAGAUUUGUGAACUAAUAUUCUUUUUGGUAAAGAUUGUACGAAAACUGCAGACAAGUUAUAUAUACCUUAAAAAACACCAACACACACUGCUUAAUUUGUAAUUACAAGUUUCAACCGAAGAUAAAUGAAAGCCCAAAACAAUAUAUACAUAUACACACAUAUAUAUGCAUAGAAAAAACAUACUUAUAUAUGAUGAAGAACUUCAGCGUUUCGCUUUAAUUAUGAGGCAACAACCACAUGAGAAAUCCAAACCAAACUUAAACUUAAUUAACAAA